UGUGUGGUUGCAAAUAUUUGAGAUAAGCCAUUUUCAUAUUAUAUUUCAUUCAUUUCAUUUCAUUUAUUAUUAAUGACCACACAACAAGUUGGUGGAAUUUACUUACGGUACAGCAUAACAUAACAUGCUCACAUCUCUGUCUGUAUCAAAUGUUAAUUACACUAAUUAAUGCAAGCAGAAGAAGUUUUAAUACUGAAAAAUACUUAAAAAAACUUCAAACUUUAAAACGGGUCAAUAUGACCUAGAACAUAACAUAACAUAGGACCUGUACUUGCUUGAAUGAACUCCACUGUAAAAUCACAGGUGCUCAUACUGGUAUUGGACAUAUUGAUUGACGCCAAUACGCUGGCUGUUGUCUCCCUGGAAACUGAAAGGUGGAGAGUAGACUUUGCCCUGCAUGAAGUGUUUCAGGAACUAGAACCUGCGCCUGAGCUGAGCUUAAAAGGUAAGGUGGGAUCUCUCGUUUUAAUUAAUGUCUUUAUUAAGAUGUAUAGCAUAAAACUUUAAAACAUUUGAUCUUAAUACAACUGAACAAGAUGAUUUUAAUGCUUAUGGGUAUAUUUGUAAAGUUUGUACUUUGUUACACCCUGAACAAAGCGUGUCACAGGUGCCCCACUCAUCAACAGUCAGACGUUCAUUGCUAUCUUGGCAGUGAAUUGUUAACACAGGCACUUCCUCAACACAUGUACACCCCCACAUGUUACAGCUCUGGGAAAAAUAAGAGACAAUUUUACCAAAUUGAAAAACUCUGGGAUAUAAUCAAGAAGAAGAUGGAUGAUCACAAGCCAUCAGACCAAGCUGUACUGCUUGAAUUUUUGCACCAGGAGUAAAGGCACAAAGUUAUCCAAAAGCAGUGUGUAAGACUGGCGGAGGAGAACAUGCCAACAAGCAUGAAAACUGAAUAAAAACCAUGGUUAUUCUACUAAAUAUUGAUUUCUUAAAACUUUAUGAACAUGAACUUGUUUUCUUUGCAUUAUUUGAGGUCUGAAAGCUCUGCAUCUUUUUUGUUAUUUACGCCAUUUCUAAAAAAAAAAAAUAAUAUUAUAAUCUUGGGAGAAUUUGGGAGAAAUGUUGUUUAUAGUUUAUGAAAUAAAACAACAAUGUUUAUGUUACUCAAACAUAUACCUAUGAAUAGCAAAAUAAAAAAAAAACUGAUUCAGAAACUGAAGUGGUUUCUUAUUUUUUUUCAGAGCUGUAUGUACACUAGCAGCAUUAGCAGCAGUGCACAAACCAAUAGCAUGUGCCUGUUGGCAGCAAUGCAAACUUUUACAUCAACAAUAAACAGAAUGAAUGAGCACGAACGAGCAAAUCAGUUUCCUCUGCUUAGAAGCGCUGGACACUUCCAGGUAGAUGCGCCCCUGAAAUAGCAAUACGCAAUACACAGCAAAGUCAGGAUGCAAGGAAAUGCAGGUGACACAUUGAUUGGUUUAUUUCAUGUUAUGUCAAGCCCAAAACACACUCAUGAUUAUAAUUAAGAGAAUUAGUACAUGCCUUUUGUGCGUUUUGAGCUGUACAAGGUGUACUUUUCCCGUCGUUAUGAUAGCAAAGACACCCUGCAGUGCACAAUUGACAGCUCGCCUGUAGAUCACUAAAAUAUGGCCCACUGUCUUCAUAUAACAAAGCAAAAUGGUAUUAACAACAAUUACAAGUAAAUACUAACUGUCUCCAUUGAUUUUCCAUUAUUUCUUUUUAUAAACUAGUAUUGGGAUACUGUAAUCUAAAUUAAGUUUUCUUUUCUAGGUACUACUUGGUUCCUUAGGUUAACAUGGACAGACCAGCAGCAACCAGUAAUGAGCAGCUUCCACCUCCAUACAACGAGACAUACCCCCAGCAAUACCCCCAACCCUACCCCCAACCAUACCCUCAACCCUACCCCCAAGUGCACCCCCAACCCUACCCUCCACCUUACCCCCAACCCUUCCCCCAACCCUACCCUAAUGAAACAGAAAACAAGACUGGGGUGGCGGUCAUCCCUCCCACCGAUCACCAUGACAACAUUGAAAUGCAGGACAGUGCUCCCCCGGACUACACCCAGGCCUUUGAGGAUGUGAACUGCUUCUCAGAAGCUGUGAUUCGAAGAGCGUUUGUGAGAAAAGUGUACUUGACUCUGGUGGUUCAGUUACUGAUAACCGUUGGAAUCAUUUGCGCCUUCAUUUACUGGGAUACCCUGAGAAAGUGGGCAAGAGGCACCCCAUGGUUUACCUACGCCAUGAUGGCAGCGACCCUGGUUCUCAUCGUUGUGCUCUCCUGCUGUGGUGACGUUCGCCGGAAGGUUCCCUUAAACUUCAUUUUCCUUGGGCUGUUUACUAUUACAGAGGGUCUACUGCUUGGAUCAGUGACAGUGUUCUACAGUGCGGAAGCAGUGCUGUGGGCGGUGGGGGCAACAGCCCUGGUUUCCUUUGCUCUGAGUUUGUUUGCAAUGCAGUCUAAGUGGGACUUCACAGCAGCUAGCGGCUCUAUUUGGGCAAUAUGUUGGACACUGGUAUCGUUUGGUCUGCUCUGCGCAAUCUUGAGGUCCCAGUAUCUUUACAUUGUGUAUGCAUCACUGGGAACGUUGGUCUUCUCGAUUUAUCUGGUGAUGGACACACAGUUAAUUCUGGGCGGGAAACACAAAUACAGCAUCAGUCCAGAAGAGUAUAUUUUUGCUGCUCUGAAUCUCUACCUUGAUAUCAUCACCAUUUUCCUGAUGAUACUCCAGCUGAUCGGGCUCAGCCGUUGAUCUUCCGAAAAGAAAAUUAAUCAUAGGCCCUAUCCUCUGGACUGUGUCUAAUAUUGCUAUUACUACACUAUACAGUUCUGUGAUUCUCUAUUUAUUUUAUUUUAAUUUAUUUUAUUAAUAUGCACUACCAGUAAAACCAGUUUUAGAACACCCCUAUUUUUUUAUAGCAUUAGCAGUGCUGUAUUACCCAGAAAAGAUGCUCCUCUUCAGUACAGGAACUUAGACUCAGUCCAGUCAUGUUAAUAUAAGGCUAAAGCUGUUGCCAUCACCCCAUCUUUUUUUUAAACAAUGUGUUUUUCUACAUUUAUAAUAUACUUAUGAUUUUUUUAGUAUUUUUGAUGAGUUUUUAGUAUUUUUUCCUCUAACAGCAGGAUACACUAGAUAUUGUACCAUUUCCAGGUAAGAGCUUACAUGGCAGAAAUGAAAGAAAACAAAGGGGGGUGUUAUAAAACUUUUGACCGGUAGUGUAAUUAUAUAGAGUUAUGCUAAUAUUUCCAGGGCCAUUCAGUAUGAUGCAACGUUGUAAAAACUGUUUUUAUUUCUGUUUACAAAAACAAUAAAUUACAUCAAAUUAA